AUGAACAAAAUCCUGCGAGGAGUGAUACAAUUCCGCAACACCAUCCGGAAGGACCUUGUCAAGCAGUUCGAGGAAAUCAAAAACAAUCCGAAUGUGAGUUUUGUCACAAAUUUGCUAAUUUUUAAUGGAUAAAUUUUCAGCCAACAGCCGUCAUGUUCACUUGCAUGGACUCGAGAAUGCUUCCAACUCGAUUCACUCAAUCGCAGGUCGGAGACAUGUUCGUCGUUCGAAACGCCGGAAACAUGAUUCCAGACGCUCCAAAUUACGGUCAGCCAAACAUAAAUCAGCAGAAAAUCAGCAAAAAUUGGAUUUCAGGUGCGUUUUCCGAAGUUUCCGUGAACACAGAGCCAGCAGCGUUAGAACUUGCAGUCAAAAGAGGAGGUAUCCGGCAUAUUGUCGUUUGCGGACACUCAGAUUGCAAGGUUUGUCGUUAUUUUCCUUCUCCUCAAUUAUUUCUCUCCUCAAAAUUGCAAAUAAUAAGUCAAACAAGCAAAAAACAUUAUCGCCAGCUGAUAACAAACGGUUUCAGGCCAUCAACACGCUAUACGGUCUCCAUCAGUGCCCGAAGAACUUUGAUGUGACGUCGCCGAUGGAUCAUUGGGUCAGAAGGAACGGAUUCAACUCUGUGAAGAGGUACCAGCCUGUCGGAUGAUUCUGAAGUGUCAUAUGUGCGCUUCAGACUGAACGAACGUCUUCAUCUGGGUCCGUCGUCGAUGAAAUUCGAGACGGAAGUUUCUCCGAGUCAGUCGUUCGAAGCGAUUAUCGAUCCGAUGGACAGACUUCCAGUGGAAGACAAACUUUCUCAGAUCAACGUCCUGCAGCAGCUCAUUAACAUCUGCUCUCAUGAGUUUUUAAAGGAAUAUCUAGAAUGUGGUGCGUAGUCUUGCACAAUUUUCAUGUUUUUGCAUAUUUUUAGGCCGCCUUCACAUCCACGGCAUGUGGUUCGACAUCUACAAGGGAGAGGACUAUCUUUUCUCGAAGGAUAAGAAGAGAUUUGUGCUCAUUGAUGUAAGUUCUCUUCUCUGAGUUCAAAAGAGCAUUGCGGCAGUUGUGCACACAACUUUUCGAGUUUUUGCAAAGCUAUCCUCUCCAGUCACGUGGCUAAGUAUCGCAUUUUCAGGAGAACACGGUGACGGAUCUUCUUUCCGAACUCAACACUCGUUAUCCUCUUCCAGAAGACCAGGACGGACCGGUUGCCUUUGCUCGCUCCAGCUAA